CUUCCGGAACAUAGCGAAAGAGAGAGAAGAGAGAAAGAGAGAGUCCAAAAAGCUCCAAAAUUUUUAAUGGAUGCUUCGAUCUAAUGCCCCUUCAGUUACAAAGAAACCUCACAGAAACAAACCCAUUUAUUUGGGGUUGCUUGUGUGGAGGGAACUUAGCAUUUGGAACAUUUAAAAAGUUGUCUCUUUGAGGUGAGUUUCAUGGGUUGAACUCAAAAAACAGUUAUGGGUAACUUGAGUGAAGUCGAAGAAUGCCGAUUUUUUGACGCCUCUGAGGAUAUUGCAUCAAUUUCUAAUGCAAGUCCUGAGAGCAAUGAGAUUGAUUCUUGCUAUGGUGGUGAUAAUUUGGUUGGGAGUAGUUUUCAAUAUGAUGUUUGGGUUAGGAGCCCAAAGAGUGUUCAGGAACGGCGGAGUAAAUUCUUGGACUGGAUGACGGAAAGCUUAGAUCAAGCAUCAAGUGAUAGUUUUGUAGAUGCAACUAAGGUUGGUAGAAUUAAUGGGAGUAGUGGGGCUGUGUUGAGAGCAUAUGGGUUUGAAGAGGAGUUUCGGUCAAGCCGGUCUUCAAUGUCAUGCUGGUCUAAUGAUAAUGUGGAUUUGCUAGAGGAGAAUUUUGUAUGUAGAGAUGGGAAUUUGGGUGGGGGGAUGGUGACUGAUUUGGAUGAAAUGGGGCAGGAUGGGAAGACAAGUGAUGGUCAAGAAAUGGACUCAGAGAACAAUUGUGGGUCACUGUGCUCAUUUCAGCAACACUUGGAUGAGGGUGUAGAGAAGGCAGACAAUUCUGUGGGGAUAGUGAAGAUGGUUAAAAAAGGGUGGUUAAAUAGAUUGCUUUCCCUAUCUUGUGCUAUGGAUAAACAAGGGGAGGCAGAGAAAUUAAGACCCAAUGAAGAUGAUGCACUUUUAUGGUCUAGGGUUCAGAGAGUGAAGGUGCGACAAUGCAAGAAGAGAUUGAAAGAACUUUCAGCUCUUUAUAAGGGGCAAGAAAUCCAGGCCCAUGAGGGUUCAAUAUUGACAAUGAAAUUCAGUCCUGAUGGGCAGUAUCUUGCAAGUGCUGGGGAAGAUAGGGUUGUGCGGUUGUGGCAGGUGGUGGUGGAUGAGAGAUUGAACGAACAAGACAUUCCAGAAAUUGAUCCUUCUUGUAUAUACUUCACAGUGAAUCAUCUCUCUGAACUGAAGCCUCUCUUCCUGGAUAAAGAGAAAAUGAGUAUAUCGAGGACCCUGAGAAGAACAUCAGAUUCUGCUUGUGUAAUAUUUCCUCCAAAAGUCUUCCGGAUAUUGGAGAAGCCAUUACAUGAAUUCCAUGGGCACAGCAGCGACAUAUUGGAUCUCUCGUGGUCGAAAAAUAAUUACUUGCUAUCGUCUUCAGCUGAUAACACUGUUCGCUUGUGGCGAGUUGGGAGUGACCAUUGCCUCAGAGUCUUUCCGCAUAGUAAUUAUGUAACCUGUGUUCAGUUCAAUCCUAUCGACGAUAAUUACUUCAUGAGUGGCUCAAUAGAUGGAAAAAUUCGCAUUUGGGCCAUUUCUGAUUGCCAUGUUGUUGAUUGGGCUGAUGUAAGAGAUAUAGUUACUGCUGUUUGUUAUCGUCCAGAUGGCCAGGGAGGAAUUGUUGGAUGUAUGAUGGGCAAUUGUCGCUUUUACAGUAUGUCAGACAAUCACUUGCAACUGGAUGCUGAGAUAUGCUUGCAUAGUAAAAAGAAGUCCCCCUGCAAAAGGAUAACUGGAUUCCAAUUUUUGCCACAAGACUCGAGCAAAGUAAUGGUUACUUGUGCUGAUUCACAAGUCAGAAUCCUUCAAGGGCUUAAUGUGAUUGGCAAAUACAAGGGUGUUGCAGGAAACCAGCUAUCUGCAUGUUUCACCUCAGAUGGAAAGCAUAUGGUCUCUGCAUGUGAGGAUUCCAAUGUAUAUAUAUGGAAUUCUAUUGAUCAAGAAGAGCCUGCCACUGAAGCAAAAAAUAUUAGGUCUUGGGAGCGUUUCACUACCAAUGCAUCCAUUGCAAUACCUUGGUGUGGCUUGAAAUGCAGGAACCCGGAGAAUGAAUGGCAAUUUAAUGUCUCUGGCGAUGAUUCUGCAGAAAUUCUUUCAUCGUUUUCUCCUGCUCGUUUCAAUCUGAGCCAAGAAUAUUUCUUGGAGUCUUUUCCAAAGGGAUCUGCAACUUGGCCUGAAGAAAAGUUACCUGCAUUAAACCCAUUGUCUUCAACAUCUCCAAUGCAUAAAUCCCAAUAUAAAUUCUUAAAAAGUUCAUGCCAGAGCACAUCCAGUUCUCAUGCGUGGGGUCUAGUUAUAGUGACUGCUGGGUGGGAUGGAAGAAUUAGAUCGUUCCACAAUUAUGGAUUACCAGUACCUGUUUGAAUUUCUUGCAGAAUGGCAGUGCCUUCAGAGAGUCAGAAUUCACUCCACUGUUGAGCACUUUACGCAUUGAGUGCCCACUAAAAUUGACAUUGAAUUUGGCAGUGUCAGCAGUGACAAGAAGUUAGGGUUUGAAAGCUUCAUGAGCAUGUGCACUUUGAUUGACGUUUGAGAAUUCAGGUUUGGUCCUCAGAUAUCAUAGGCAUACUGCGAUAGUAGGUCAUGACAGGUGUUGAUGUUUCCAUGGCUGUGACGUAAUCCAGCUUGGUUUCAGCUAGUGGUUGAGGUUAGCUUCUCUGUAUAUUAGUUUAAUUUUUUGAUUUGGUGAUUUAUUGCUGGAGAGAAAUUUUUGUCCGUUGGCCUAGAAGAAGAUAUGCAAGUCAUGUGUUAGGAGAGGCCAAUUUAGAUAUUAUCUUCAUAUAAUGGAGGUGCCUGUGGGGUUUUGUGAAAUCUCUUCCUUUAGCUCUUAAAACAUGAAAGUGGAAGAAUUUAAAGCUGGUGGUGUGAGUUAAUUUGGGGAAAUCAAAUGGUGGGGAACUUGGCUAUAAUGACAUGUUGGCUGGUCUGAAUCAUUGAACUUUUGUCUGCCAUUUCUGUUUUGCUUCAUCUUUAUGGUGGGGUCAGUUUCACCUGGGCUUGGUGAUGAGGAUAUAUGCUUGUAUUCUGAAAUGGGCAUCGGCAUGAUUUGAUUAUACCGCAAGUUUCUUGGCCAUUAAAUAUUUGAAGGCUUGACAGGGUCGAGGUGGAGAGAUUUUGGGAGAUUUGGAUGAACAUCUCAAUUGGCAAACCAAGUUUUGUUCAUGGAAUGAUGAUGAUGAGCAGGCACUUGACUAACUAUUGAGUAUUUAUCUAACAGAGUUUGUGAAUUUAUUGAUAGGAAAUUAGGCUAACAUGACCUUGAUUUAGUUUUGAUUAUCAGGGCUAUUGUUUUUGGUUUAGCAUAGAGAAAAUAUCAAAUUUGUUUUUUUUUUUUUUUUUAUAUUGUAGCACAUAUGUAACUCAAGUUACUAGUGUAAAUAAAAAAUUAUUCAGUAUGUAUG